ACAGAAUUCUACAAUAUAAAUUGGUUCAAGAGAAGUGGGAGAAAUUGCACAUUCUCUACAAGGUGCCCACCAUUUCAUCUUUGGUGACUUCUGGUUGUGGUGAGAUGAGUUCAUCACUUGGAGGUUUGCACUUUCAUAGAUUUUAACCUGCAGCAAUGUCGUUAAAACCAGAAUUGGAUCAUUAAACACAGUAUUUCAUUAAAACCCACUUGGACAAACAGGAAAGGAAAGAGUCAGGCAUCAAGUGAAUAACAUAACAUCAAAGUUGAGAAACGAUCCUGCUGACAAGAAAGACGAAAGUAAGAAGAAAGGGUCUUGGAUAGGAAAGCAAAGUGAAAUGAUGCAGAUGAUUGGAUGGUGCAUUUGUGCCUACCUUAAAAUUAUAGGUGGACAAUCAUUUGGAUAUGCGUAUAUUGGUUUUAUGACAAUUCUUCUGAUCCUACAAUGGCAAAGAGAUGAUUAUGUUCCAAUACUUUAUCAUUUCCUCAAUUGUCACUUCAGAAGAAUACAUGAGGAGGUUGUUGUAAUGCAUUGGGCAUGUGCAAAGAUAACUGCUUCUGCAGCUAUCCAAGACGUCCCUCUUCUUGAAACCUUGCUCGAUAAGUUAAAAUUGUGCAAAGGUAUAUCCUAUGCAGCCAUUGCUGCUCAUGCAGAUAACUGUGGCCGAAGAAAAUUGGCUGCAUUGCUUGUGGAUCAUGAGCCGCGCUCCUCCAAACAGGUCCCUUUGUUGUUAAGCAUAGCAGAAGAAGACACAGCUUUGGUAAAGGCAACUGAAAGUGGUGAUACUGACCUUGUCUAUCUUGUUCUUUUCCACAUAUGGCAGAAGAGGCCUCCUUUAGAUUUUUUUGGAACAAUCAAUGCAAGGCCCUUGGCUCGUGAUUUAUUUAUCAAAUAUGUUAGGUGUUAUAAACAUGAAUUUUUGAAGGACUUCUUUCUGUCAACUGGGCAACUUCAAGAUGUUGCUUUUCUUUUGUUGAAGGAAUCAUGGGAAAUUGAGAAGAAUCCCAUGGCAAGCAAAGGAACACCUCUUCACGGUCCGCGCAUAAAACUUAUUGAGAAGGCACAAAAUCUCUUUGCUGAAACCAAAGAACACAUGUUUGAAUCAAAAGCUGCUGAAGAGCAUGCAAAGUUGUUGAGAAUCCAACAUGAGUUAGAGGUUUCAACAAAACAAGCAAUAUUCAUUGAUUCGAGCAUCAGUGAUACAAUUCGCACUUGUAUUAGCACGGGAAAUCAUCGAGCUGCAAUGAAAGUCAGAACUGAAUUUAAGGUGCCAGAGAAGAGGUGGUACUGGCUUAAAGCAUUGGCACUCUCUACCCGAGGAGACUGGGCUGCGCUGGAGAAAUUUUCCAAAGAGAAGAGACCACCUGGUGGUUAUAAACCCUUUGUUGAAGCAUGCAUUGGUGCUGAUGCGAAAGCUGAGGCUCUGAAGUACAUUCCAAAGCUUACAGAACCUAGGGAAAGAUCAGAGGCAUAUGCACGAAUUGGCAUGGCAAAGGAAGCUGCUGAUGCUGCAUCCCAGGCUAAAGACAGUGAAUUUUUUGGUCGUUUGAAGCUAACUCUUGGACAGAAUGCUGGUGCAACAUCAAUCUUUGAUAGUCUCAGAGACAGAUUAUCAUUCCAAGGAGUCUACUAGUGACCAUUUGUGCGUCCAAAAAAUAUAUUGGUAUAAUUCACGCUGACAACCCAUCAUGAGUAUUGCAUGUUCAAACAGCUUGAAGAUUUUACUAUCAGUUGUGUUCUCUGAUUUCCCCCCAAAAAAAAAAAAUCGUUCCUGUGUGCUUGUAUAAAAAUUUAAGUUAUUUGGUGAUAAGAUGGGGCUUCAGUGGUUUUGAAUUGAUUUUCUAUGUUCUGAUAUUUGUCUGUUCAUAGCGUUUUGCUUUUAUUGUAAGGAUUUUGAAGAUGGGUAAUCUUAUGUAACUGAUUGAUCAGACCCAUCUGCUUGAGGGAGUCAUUUACUUGACUGUUUGCAAGAAAAACUUAACAUCUUUAUUUAAAAGAAAAUCACUCGUUA